GCUUAGCUUAAAAAGUCUUGAAUAUUAGAAAAAGGAGGAAAAGACAAUGGCAAAUUACACUAACACAGCAAUGAUGGAUAGCAUAGAGUUAUACACAGGCCUAUCACCACCAGCUUUCUUCACCAUAGCAGCUUUAAUGGUGGCUGUUUACAAAAUUGUAUGCAGCAUGUUUGUUGACCCAGAACCAGAACCAGAACCACAACAAUUAACCAAAAAUCCACCAGUAAACACACCACCCAAAAUCUCAGAACCAGUUCAGCUAGGAAAUAAUGUGACAGAGCAACAAUUAAGAGCUUAUGAUGGUUCUGAUCCUAAUAAGCCACUUCUUAUGGCUAUUAAAGCUCAGAUCUAUGAUGUCUCUGCUUCCAGAAUGUUUUAUGGCCCUGGUGGUCCGUAUGCGAAGUUUGCGGGAAGGGAUGCGAGCAGAGCUUUAGCUCUUCUGUCUUUUGACCCUAAAGACCUGACAGGAAAUCUGGAGGGUCUGAGUGAAUCUGAGCUUGAAGUGUUACAGGAUUGGGAGUACAAGUUCAUGGAAAAAUAUGUUAAAGUCGGUCAGCUUGUGUCUGAACAAGCCAUCACUCGGGCAAUCGAUGGUGAAGAAGAAGUUAAAGAAAGCGAGACAAAUGGAAAAGAAUAAGUUUAGUACGUAUAUACGAUUCACCUAUUUGUAGAUAUGCAUAUUGAUGCUUAGCUUGAGUUUAUAUAUUCGAUAUAUUCUGAUACUUCGGGUCAUGAACGCGUAGCUUGAGGUGAAGCUUUUCUAUUUGAUGAGGUUGAUAUAUCUCUCGUAAGGUUGUAGAAUAAUCAACUCUAGUUCUGCUUUUUCCAUUAAUAAAAUCAAAAGAAACACAUUGUAGUGUUAAUUUACUGUAAUAGCUUUGGCAUAGAAAGGUUCAAAUAAAAAAAGAAUUUCUUA